AUGUUUUCUUCAUCUCUCAGUCAGAGCAGCCAGCUAGAACGGUCCAGCAUGUUGGGAUCGGCGGCACGCAGCAGUGCCGAUUCCUUCCCUAGUAGUGUCCUGAAUACAGCCAGUACAACUCCCCUCAACUUGAGUUCUGUUUUGGCCAAAGACGAGCGUAUAGAUCACAUCAAGGAACAAGCUUUCAAGUCCUUUCGACUGAAGACGGAGAAAUGGAAUCGCUUCAUUUCAACAGAAGAGAACCAAAAGGUCUUGCUGGAUUUCUUGGAUAAAGGUCAAUCUCUGCGACUUGUUUUUUUCACUGGCCCAGGAGGGAAUCUCUGUGUGGGCAGCGGGCAGGUUCUGUUAGUCAUUCUUUCCAACCAAAACAGUUAUAGAAACUGGCCUCGAGCUGUACUAGAGGAUGUCAGGAAGCAUGUGGAGGUGUUAAGAAAUACAGCCUAUGUUCUGCAGGGACAUAUAGCAAGAAGAACUUACCUCCCCUUACCUGAGUUGAUGGAUCGCAUUCAUGAUGAAGAGGCAAUGACAUCUUACAUAGAAUCCACUUCCCUGUAUGCAGUUGAAACUAUGAUAAUCCAGUGGACCCAUCUGCUAUCUGAAGUCUUAAGACUGGAUUCUGCUCAGCUGGUUUUUCAGGGGGGAAACCCUGGACCUUCUGCAGAAAUUCAAUUUUGGCAGAGGCAAAUGGAUAACCUGCAGGGCAUUUAUGAGCAGCUGCAAAGUCCAAAGAUUCACAAAAUAAUGGAGCUGCUACAAAGAGCAAGAAGCAGCUACUACCCUGCUUUCAGUCUACUCAUCAUAAAAGUUGAAGAAGCCGUUUCUGAAGCUCAAGAUAUUUGUUUGUAUCUCAGCCCCUUGAAACACUACAUUGCCUACUUGGAAGAAUCCAGCUUCCCAAACAUUGAACGUCUCAUUGCACCCCUUUUCCAUACCAUCUGUCUGACCUGGACCCAUUCCAAAUAUUACUGCUUCCCCAACAGAAUUGUUGUCCUGCUACAGGAGUUUUGCAAUCUUCUAAUUGACAGGGCAUUCUCAUUUCUAAUCCCUGAGGAGACCUUCACAAUGGACCUGGGAGAGGGAAUAGAAAAAAUUAAACUGACAAUACAGACAUUCAGAACCUUCAAGACGACCUUCUCUACUUAUCAAGAAAAACUUGCUUGUGAUCAUAGUAAUCAAGACAGUGUGAAACCGUGGGAGUUCCCUUCUGAUUUGGUGUUUUCUAGAUUUGACAAGAUCCUUCAGAGGCUGCGGUACAUUGAGGAGAUAUUUACAUCAGCUAUCGACUUCCUCAAGUUAGAAAAAAUUGAAAUUGGGGGCUUGAGAGGAAAGAUUCUCAGCGAAGAGGUUCACUGUAUGAAUGAAGAGUUUCAUGAAAGCUGGAAGGCACUCCAAGAAAGUAAAUAUGACCCACUGGACUAUGAAAACCAGGAAUUUCUGUCUGACUACACAAGAUACAUUCAGCAGAUUAAUGAGUUUGAUAACCGAUUGGGAACAAUACUAAAUCUUGCCUUUCAGGAGCCAAAGGGAUUGGAAUCGGCUUUUAAGAUUUUGCAGAUAUUUGGGAAACUUCUGGAGAGGGAUGUCAUAUAUUCUCAUUUUUAUCCCAAUGUUGCAGUUCUUCUUUCAAUGUUUGAUGAGGAAAUUACCUGCUGCAAGCAAAUAUUUGACAAUCAAAUACAAAAAUUAAGGAAUGGAGGCAAUGCACUUCAUAAAAACAUGCCAGUGACUGCAGGCAAUUUAAAAUGGUCUCAGGAGUUACGAGAGAGGCUGCUGAAGCACAGAACACAUUUUAGGCACAUCAAUCAUCUAAUUCGACAGACAGAAGCAACCAAUUUUGUCUUCCAAAAGUGUGAGAAAAUGUUGGCGUUGUUGGAUAAACAUGAUGAGGAAAUUUAUACCUCGUGGGUGCAAGAUUUAAGUCUCCUUUGUGAAUCACAUCUGAGUCAACCAAUCCUCAGAGACAACGGCAAUGGAUUAUUUGAAGUUAACUUUAAUGAAAAGCUCUCUUCCAUCCUCCGGGAAGUGAAAUACCUUGAGAUUUUAAGACAUCCUGAUAUACCUCAGGCUGCUGUGCAAUUGUAUUCCAAGAGAGAAACUCUUUACAAGUAUCUUGGAAAUUUAAAUGUGAUUGCCAGACAUUAUAACCAGAUAAAGAAGACAAUUCUACCUGAGGAAGCAGAACUCAUAGCACAUGAAAUUGGGAGAAUUGACCUACAGUUAAAGCCUGCUUUUGACACACUGACCUGGCAGAAUGAGAACCUGUGGCUUUUUAUUGAACAGACUGGACAGCUUGUUCACAAUGUAGGCAGCAGACUCCAGAAAUCUAAGGAAAAUGUGGAAUUAAUCCAGAUCCUUCUGCACAGAUUGAGUGAAACAUCUUUUCUUGUACGAAAAAUCGGUUCCACUCCUUCAAUGCUGUGUCUUGAUUACAACGAAAGAUUGUGCCAGCAAUAUGAGAUUGUUCAAGAGACAGGGAGAAGGAUCCAUCUGUUAGUUCAGGACAAUCAAGAUCUUCUUCAGGCAGAUCCUCUUUCUGAUGAAUGGAGAGCCUACACUGAAUACAUUGAUCGCAUGGUUUCAGAUGGGCUGUUCAAAGCUAUCAAGUGUUCUCUCCAGUAUCUGAUAGAAAACACAGAGACAACAUCAACAUCCACCCCCUCAUUUGAAGUUCAGCUUCUCCUUAAUGGCAACGAAAUGACUUUUAAACCGUCUUUGGACUACACUGUUAACAAUAAUUUUUCUGACAUUAUCGAAGGCCUAAUCCAAAACAUUUAUGUGAUUGCAUCACAGAUAAAGAGAGUUGCCAAUCAUCUUGGGUACGACACUUAUCAGCAUGAUGUAGAGCGGAUGGAUGCACUGAAAGAAAUUCACCAGGAAAUCAUGAGCAGGGUGCACUCAGUAAUUGUUAAUGCCCAGGAAUAUCAAAGCUACUUUAAGAAAUACAGCCACUUAUGGAUGGAUGAUAAAGCCAAAUUUAUGAAGCAGUUCCUUCUCUAUGGACGAUUUCUUCAUACUGAAGAGCUGGAAUUAUAUCCAGACCAUGAACUUCAGAAAUGCUCCCCGCAGUUAGACCACUUUAAACAACAGAUCAGCAUUUAUGAAACGCUACAUAAAGAAGUCAGCGGAUUUGAAAACCAGAACACUUUUAAUGGCUGGUUUCAGGUUGAUAUUAAGCCUUUUAAGUUAUCACUGAUGAAUAUGAUUAAAAAAUGGAGCUGGAUGUUUAAGGAGCAUUUGCUCAACUCUGUCACCCAAAGCAUUACAGAAUUAGCCACAUUUAUCUAUGUGACGGAACAAGGAUUAGCAAAGAAAGUGAAAGAAGGGGAUUACGCACUUCUGGUUGAAAUAAUGGGGCACCUUAUGGCUAUCCGUGACCGAAAGUCAACUGGAGACAUUUUCAAACCUUUAAAAUCCACAGCUGUAUUGCUCCGAAGUUAUGGACAGCAGCUACCAGAACAUAUUUGUACAGAGCUUGAGGAAUUACCUGAAAAGUGGAAGAAUCUUAAAAAGAUUGCCUUCACGGUGAAGCAUGAAGUGGCUCCUCUACAGUCCAAUGAAGUGUCUGUUAUCAGAAGAAAAUGUGUACUUUUUGAGGUUAAACAGCAAGAGUUUAGAAAUAGAUUUAAAAAUGAAGUCGUCUUUAGAUUUGAUGCUGAGGAUCCUUAUACAUCAAUUGAUAAGACUCACAAAGCCAUUGCAAAGCUGGAGGCAGAAAUGAAAAAGCUACAGGAAACAGCAGACCUUUUUGAAGUAACUGUACCAGAAUACAAGCAGCUCAAGCAGUGUCGUACCGAUGCCAUCUUAGUAAAGUCUGUCUGGGAUAUGGUGGUGUUUGUCCAGAUGAGCAUUAAAGACUGGAUGAAAACCCCUUGGAAGCAAAUUAAUGUGGAACAGAUGGAUGUGGAUCUCCGAAGAUUUACAAAGGAUAUGAAGACUCUGGAUAAAGAAGUACGGAUUUGGGAUGUCUAUAUAGGUUUAGAAUCAACUGUUAAGAAUUUGUUAACAUCCUUAAGAGCUGUGAAUGAACUCCAGAAUGCUGCAGUUCGGAAAAGACACUGGCAACAACUUAUGGCUGCAACAGGGGUAUGUUUUGUCAUGAAUGAAGAAACCACGCUAGGGGAACUUUUUGCUCUUCAGCUCCACAGGGUAGAAGAUGAGGCUAAAAAUAUUGUGGACAAAGCUGUGAAGGAAAUGGCAAUAGAAAAGGUGCUGAUAGAAAUCCAUCAAACAUGGAGUGUAAUGGAUUUCUCAUAUGAACAACACCACAGCACAGGCACACCACUGUUGAAAUCAGAUGAAAACCUAAUAGAAACUCUAGAAGACAAUCAGGUUCAGCUACAAAACAUCCUGAUGAGUAAAUAUGUGGAAUAUUUCUUGGUGGAGGUGAGCAGUUGGCAGAAAAAAUUAAUGGUGGCAGAUAUGGUCAUUUCAGUGUGGCUGGAAGUGCAGAAAACUUGGGCUCACCUCCAGAGUAUUUUCACAAAUUCUGAAGAUAUCCGGAACCAGCUUGCAGAAGAUGCAAAAAGAUUUGAGGAGAUUGAUCAGGAUUUUAAGGAACUUAUGGCUGUGGUGGUGAAGACAAAUAAAGUUGUAGAAGUAACCAACCAGAUGGGACUGCUUGAAAAACUGGAAAUUCUUCAACAAAGGCUUACACUUUGUGAAAAAUCUUUAGCUGACUAUUUAGAUGCUAAGAGACUCAUUUUUCCAAGAUUCUACUUUGUCUCUACUGUGGAUUUAUUAGAAAUCAUAUCUAAAGGAACUCAUCCUAAGCAGAUUACCAGACACUUGGUGAAGCUGUUUGACAAUGUGGCUGACCUUAAAUUUGAGGAAAACAAAAAUAAAGGCAUACAAAUGGCUAUGGGGAUGUACAGCAGAGAAGGAGAGUUUGUCCUCUUAUCAGAGCAGUGUCCCUGUGAAGGACAGGCAGAAUGUUGGUUAAGCUGUUUAGAAGAAAUUAUGCAUCAUACAGUUAAGCAGAAAAUAAUGGAUGCUGUGAUAGCUUAUGAGGAUAAGCCACGAGAUCAGUGGCUCUUUGACUAUCCAGCCCAAGUGGCUUUGACUAGCAGUCAGAUUUGGUGGGCUGCGGAUGUCCGGAUUACUUUUGAGCGGCUUGAAGAAGGGUUUGAAACUGCUUUAAAAGACUACAACCGCAAACAGAUUGCUCAACUGAACGCCCUUAUAAACAUGCUGCUAGGGGAACUCACCCCUGGAGAUCGUCAGAAGAUCAUGACAAUAUGCACAAUUGAUGUACAUGCAAGAGAUGUUGUAGCCAAGCUUAUAGCACAGAAGGUUUCUAAUGGACAAGCAUUUACAUGGCUAUCACAACUGCGUCACCGAUGGGAUGAAGAGCUAAGCGAAUGUUUUGUCAACAUUUGUGAUGCCCAAUUUCGGUAUGCUUAUGAAUAUCUUGGGAAUAGUCCCAGACUUGUAAUCACGCCGCUAACUGACAGAUGCUAUAUUACCUUAACACAGUCUCUUCACUUGACUAUGAGUGGUGCUUUAUCAGGACCUGCAGGAACAGGGAAAACAGAAACCACCAAGGAUUUAGGUCGGUCUCUAGGAAUGAUGGUUUAUGUCUUCAACUGCUCAGAACAAAUGGAUUACAAGUCAAUUGGGAAUAUCUACAAAGGUCUGUGCCAAACUGGUGUGUGGGGAUGUUUUGAUGAAUUUAAUCGCAUAUCUGUGGAGGUGUUGUCUGUUGUAGCUGUUCAGGUUAAAUCAAUUCAAGAUGCUAUCCGUCACAAGAAAAAAAGGUUUAACUUUUUAGGUGAAACUAUUAAAUUGAAAGCAACAGUGGGGAUUUUCAUAACUCUUAAUCCAGGUUAUGCCGGAAGAGCAGAGCUUCCAGAAAACCUUAAAGCUCUUUUUCGGCCCUGCGCAAUGGUGAUUCCAGAUCUUGAGCUCAUUUGUGAAAUAAUGCUGGUGGCAGAAGGAUUUGUGGAUGCCCGGUUGCUUUCUAGAAAGUUUAUUUGCCUCUAUAAACUGUGCCAUGAACUUCUAUCGAAACAGGAACACUAUGAUUGGGGCCUUAGAGCUAUAAAAUCUGUUCUAGUUGUGGCUGGAUCACUGAAACGAGAAGAUCGAAGCAAACCUGAAGAUAAGGUUUUGAUGAGAGCCCUCAGGGAUUUUAAUCUACCCAAGGUAGUCACUAAUGAUGUCCCUAUCUUUCUGGGCCUGAUCAAUGACUUGUUCCCAUUGCUGGAAGUUCCACGGAAAAGGGAUCUGAAGUUGGAACAGCUGGUGCGCCAGUCUAUUGCAGAACUCCAUUUGCAGCCCGAAGAAAACUUUAUACUGAAGGUUAUGCAGUUAGAAGAACUACUGGCUGUCAGGCAUUCAGUCUUUGUAGUUGGAAAUGCUGGGACAGGAAAAAGCCAGAUAUUAAAGACGUUACACAUGACCUACUCCAAUAUGAAGCUGAGGCCAGUAUGGAAUGAUAUAAAUCCAAAAGCCGUCACCACAGAUGAACUUUUUGGGUUUCUUCAUCCAUCAACAAGGGAGUGGAAAGAUGGUUUGUUUUCAUCCACUAUGAGAGAAUUGGCAGGCAUUGCCCAUGAGGGCCCAAAAUGGAUUGUCCUGGAUGGAGACAUUGAUCCUAUGUGGAUAGAAUCACUCAACACUGUCAUGGAUGACAACAAGGUUUUAACCCUGGCAAGUAAUGAACGGAUUUCUCUCACGCCUUCCAUGCGCCUGGUGUUUGAAAUCAGCCACCUUCGGGCAGCAACUCCAGCUACUGUCUCAAGAGCUGGAAUCCUCUAUGUGAAUACACAAGACCUAGGUUGGAGCCCAUAUGUGACUAGUUGGAUUGAAACACGCAAAGCACAGUCUGAAAGAGCAAAUCUAACCAUCCUCUUUGAUAAAUAUGUGCCUUACUGCUUGGAGCAAGUCCGAUGUAACUUAAAAACCAUCACUCCAGUUCCAGAUAACAGCAUGGUUCAGACUUUGUGUUCAUUGCUGGAUUGCCUCCUGACCCCAGAGCACACUCCACCUGAUUCUCCUCGUGAACUCUAUGAAAUAUAUUUUGCAUUUGCCAGUGUUUGGGCUUUCGGUGGUGCGUUGUUCCAAGAUCAGCUAAUUGAUUAUCGCAUGGAGUUUAGUAGAUGGUGGAUCAAAGAAAUGCGAACAAUAAAAUUUCCUUCCCAAGGGACAGUUUUUGAUUACUUCAUUGACCCCGACACAAAAAAAUUUUCUUUGUGGAGUGAAAAAAUUCCAGGCAUUGAAAUGGAACCAGAUGUCCCUCUCCAGACAGUCUUGAUUCAUACAUCUGAAACCAUCCGCUUGAGGUAUUUCAUGGAUUUACUUAUGGAGAAGGGUCAGCCAGUCAUGCUGGUGGGAAACGCUGGAGUUGGAAAAACAGUCCUUGUAUCCGACAAACUUACCAAACUCUCAGAGGAGUAUAUGGUGACAAAAGUCCCUUUCAAUUAUUACACAACAUCUGCUAUGCUUCAGCGUGUUCUUGAAAGAUCCUUGGAAAAGAAAGCUGGCAGGAAUUAUGCUCCUCCAGGCAUGAAAAAAUUAAUUUACUUCAUUGAUGAUCUUAAUAUGCCUGAGGUUGAUGCCUAUGGAACUGUCCAGCCACACACAUUAAUUAGACAGCACCUUGACUAUAGUCAUUGGUAUGACAGACAAAAACUGAUUUUGAAAGAAAUUCACAAUUGUCAGUACGUCACGUGCAUGAAUCCCACGGCUGGAAGUUUUUCAGUAAAUCAGCGUCUUCAGAGACAUUUUUCUGUGUUCGCUGUCCACUUCCCAGGAACAGAUGCUUUAGCCACGAUCUAUGGCAAGAUAAUAAACAUGCAUUUCCAGCAAGGGGGCUUUUGUUACAGUAUAGGGAAGUCUCUUGGCAUGCUUAUACAAGCUGCCAUUUCUUUGCACCAGAAGAUGAUCCAGAAUUUCCUGCCUACUGCUAUUCGAUUUCAUUAUAUUUUCAAUUUAAGAGAUCUGACACGCAUCUUCCAGGGAAUGAUUUUAGCAACCCCAGAGUGUGUACGGUCCCCUGUGGACUUGGUUCAUUUAUGGUUUCAUGAAUCUUCCCGAGUCUACUCAGACAAACUUAUGGAAGAAAAGGAUAUUGAACAUUUUAACAAAGUGCUUAUUGAUACAGCAAAACGGUAUUUUGAGGGUGUUGAUGAGCACAUAUUUAUCCACAAGCCACUAAUUUACUGCCACUUUGCCCAUGGUGUUGGAGAACCUCAUUACUUUCCAGUCUCUGAUUGGAAUAAGCUGACCAGAAUUUUAACGGAGGCUUUAGAGCACUACAAUGAACUGCAUGCGGCAAUGAACCUUGUUCUUUUUGAGGAUGCCAUUCAGCACGUUUGCCGCAUCAGUCGUAUUCUUGAGGCCCCAUAUGGAAAUGCCCUUUUGAUUGGAGUUGGAGGAAGUGGAAAGCAAAGUUUGUGCCGCUUAGCUGCCUUUAUCAGCUCACUAGAAGUUUUCCAGAUAACUCUCCGCAAAAGUUAUGGUAUCCAUGAUCUCAGGAGCGAUAUUGCUACACUUUACUUUAAAGUUGGCGUGAAGAACAUCGGUACUGUGUUUCUUCAUGCAGAUGCUCAGAUCCCUGAUGAGCGUUUUCUCGUAUUAAUUAACGACAUGCUGGCAUCAGGUGACAUCCCUGAUUUAUUUAGUGAAGAUGAGGUGGAUGGCAUAAUUUCUUCUACAAGGAUGGAGCUACGGGGGCUUGGCCAGGCUGAUUCAAAAGAGAACUGCUGGCAAUUUUUUAUUGAUCGCAUUCGGCGGCAGCUAAAGGUUGUGUUAUGCUUCUCCCCAGUGGGUUUCACCUUGAGAGCACGAGCGAGGAAGUUCCCAGCCCUUGUGAACUGCACUUCGAUUGAUUGGUUCCAUACCUGGCCACUGGUGGCUCUUCAGUCUGUGAGCACCAGCUUCAUUGACAAAAUGGAUUUGCUUAAUUCUCAGGUGAAGCCUUCCAUCAGCCACUUCAUUGCUUUUGUGCAUACAAGCGUUAAUGAAGUGAGCAUCAAGUAUCAACAAAAUGAGAAGCAUUACAACUACACUACUCCAAAAAGUUUCCUAGAACUCAUUAAACUUUACCAGAAUCUUCUGGGGAAGAAGAGAACAGAGUUGGUGCGAAAAAUGGAAAGACUGGAAAACGGCUUACAAAAGCUGCAGACUACAGCUUCCCAGGUAGAAGAUUUGAAGUCUAAGCUUGCCAUUCAAGAAACAGAACUUCAUCAGCGAAACAAAGACACUGAGACUCUUAUUGACAAGAUCAGGCAGCAGACAGAAAAACUAAGUCAAGAAAAAGCCACAGCUGAUGAGGAAGAGCAGAGGGUAGCAGCUAUUCAAGCAGAAGUAACCAAGCAGCAGCAAGAAUCUGAAAAUGACCUUGCCAAAGCUGAGCCAGCACUUAAUGCAGCAAAUGCUGCCUUGAACACUCUAAACAGGCUAAAUCUGACUGAGCUAAGAACUUUUCCUAAUCCGCCUGCAAUUGUAACAAAUGUAACUGCGGCUGUUCUUGUCCUUUUGUCCCCAAAUGGCAAGAUUCCAAAGGACAGAAGCUGGAAAACCACAAAGAUGUACAUGAGUAAGGUAGAUGACUUCCUUCAAAGUCUGGUCAAUUUUGACAAAGAACAUAUUCCUGAAGCAACUGUUAAAGCUGUGAAAGAAGAUUACCUGAGUGAUCCAGAAUUCAACCCAGAAUUUGUACGGACCAAGUCUUCCGCUGCUGCUGGUCUUUGUGCAUGGGUUAUUAAUAUUAUUAAGUUCCAGGAGGUGUAUUGUGAAGUAGAUCUGAAACGUCAAGCCCUGGCACAAGCCAAUGCAGACUUGAUCAUUGCAGCUGAAAAACUUGACUCCAUCCGAAGAAAACUUGCUGAACUAGACACAAACCUGGCUGCCUUCACCAGCGCCUUUGAGAGGGCUACAGCUGAGAAAAUCCACUGCCAGGAAGAAGUGAAUAGAACUAACAAGACUAUUGAGCUGGCCAACAGAUUAGUGAAAGGUCUGGAGUCAGAGAAUGUGAGAUGGGCUCAGUCAGUAGCCCAAUAUCAUCAACAAGAGAAAACCCUGUGUGGAGAUGUGCUUCUAACAGCCGCUUUUAUUUCUUAUGCUGGCCCAUUUGCCAAGUGGUAUCGUUAUGAGCUGGUUCAAAAUCUGUGGCUGCCUUUCUUGAGGAGCCAAAAGGUCCCCAUUCCAAUGACUGAAGGUCUUGAUCCGAUCUCAAUGCUGACGGAUGAUGCAACAAUUGCUAAAUGGAACAAUGAAGGCCUGCCUAGUGAUACCAUGUCCAUACAAAAUGCCACUAUUCUUACAAACUGUGAGCGUUGGCCUCUAUUGAUUGACCCGCAGCACCAGGGGAUCAAAUGGAUAAAAAACAGAUAUGGCUCAGAUCUGAAAGUUACCCAUUUGACUCAAAAAGGAUAUAUUGAUGUCAUAGAAGAGGCUCUUGUGGCUGGAGAUCCUGUUUUAAUAGAAAAUUUGGAAGAGACCAUUGAUCCGGUGCUUGACCCUCUUCUUGGGAGAUACAUGCUGAAAAGGGGAAGGUAUAUUCGAGUUGGAGAUAAGGAGUGUAAAUUUCACCCCAAAUUCCAGCUUAUCCUCCAUACCAAACUUGCCAAUCCUCACUAUAAACCGGAAAUCCAAGCCCAAACCACUUUAAUUAAUUUCACUGUUACACGUGAUGGUUUAGAAGAUCAGUUGCUGGCGAAUGUGGUCGAUGUGGAAAGACCAGAUCUGGAACACUUCAAAUCUGAACUCACAAAGCAGCAAAAUUAUUUUAAAAUUGAGUUGAAAAUGCUUGAAGAUGAAUUACUGACACGCCUUUCAGCGGCUGAGAGUAAUUUCCUUGGGGAUACCCUUCUGGUUGAGAGGCUGGAAACAACAAAACACAUGGCAGCAGAAAUAGAAAUUAAGGUCAUGGAAGCAAACAUCAAUGAAGUCAAGAUCAAUGAGGCUCGUGAGCAUUAUCGUCCAGUAGCAGCAAGAGCAUCCCUUCUCUACUUCCUCAUGGAUGAACUGAAAAAAAUCAAUCCAAUGUAUCAGUUCUCACUAAAGGCAUUUAAUGUUGUAUUCCACAAAGCAGUGCAGCAAGCAGAACCUUCCAACAGUGUGAAGGAAAGAGUCAACAAUCUGAUUGACUGUGUAACCUACUCUACAUUUAUUUAUAUUAGCCGUGGCCUAUUUGAGAGAGACAAGCUUACUGUCACUGCCCAAGUGGCUUUUCAGCUUCUGCUUAUGAAUAAGGAGAUUGAUGCUCGUGACCUAGAUUUCCUUUUGCGGUUUAAUAUCGAUCACACUUACAACAGCCCUUUGGAAUUCCUUUCCAACUUUACCUGGAGUGCAAUUAAGACAAUAAGCUUCAUGGAUGAGUUCCGUGGUUUGGACAAAGACAUAGAAGGGUCACCAAAACGAUGGAAAAAAGUGGUGGAGUCAGAAAGCCCAGAGAAAGAGAAGUUUCCACAAGAAUGGAAGACUAAAAGCUCCCUCCAGAAACUGAUUAUGAUGCGAGCCUUGAGACCAGAUCGAAUGACUUAUGCUGUCAGGAACUUUGUUGAAGAGAAACUUGGAAUCAAAUAUACAGAGGGACGUAAAACUGACUUCGGCAAAUCAUUUCAAGAAACUGGGCCUGCUUCACCAAUGAUCUUCAUUUUAUCUCCUGGAGUUGACCCCCUAAAAGAUGUUGAAUGUUUAGGAAGCAAGCUUGGCUUUACCAUCGAUUCAGGAAAGCUUCACAAUGUAUCUUUGGGUCAAGGGCAAGAAGCCAUCGCAGAGAUGGCAAUGGAAAAAGCAUCAAAAGAAGGCCACUGGGUUAUACUUCAAAAUAUUCAUCUUGUUGCAAAGUGGCUCGACACAUUAGAGAAAUUACUGGAGAAGUAUAGUGGAGGAAGCCACCUAGCCUAUCGGGUUUUUAUGAGUGUUGAACCUGCCCCCACUCCUAAAGAACAUAUAAUUCCUCAGGGAAUCUUGGAAAAUGCUAUUAAAAUAACCAAUGAACCACCAACUGGGAUGCUGGCUAAUCUCCAUGCUGCUUUGGAUAAUUUUGAUCAGAACAUCCUUGAUCAGUGUUCUCGGGAACAGGAAUUUAAGGCCAUUCUGUUUUCCCUGUGCUACUUCCAUGCAUGUGUGGCUGAGCGAAGGAAAUUUGGGCCUCAGGGCUGGAACAGGAGAUACCCUUUUAACAUUGGAGAUCUCACCAUUUCAGUCAACGUCUUGUACAAUUACCUGGAAGCAAAUUCACAGAUACCCUGGGAAGAUCUCCGUUACUUAUUUGGAGAGAUUAUGUAUGGUGGCCAUAUAACAGACGAUUGGGAUAGGCGACUUUGUCGUACUUAUUUGGAAGAGUAUAUGCAACCAAAUCAGUUUGAUAGGAAGCUGGUCCUUGCUCCUGGCUUUGUCAUUCCUUCAAACCUGGAUUACCAAGGUUACCACAAAUACGUUGAUGAAAUGCUUCCUGCUGAAAGCCCAGUCCAUUAUGACCUCCAUCCCAAUGCCGAGAUUGAAUUCCUGACAGCGACUUCAGAUAACCUGUUUCGUACCCUGCUUGAGCUGCAGUCCCACGAAUCCAUCAUUGGGGAAGGUGCAUCACAGACGGUGGAAGAAAAAGUAAAGCUAAUAUUAGAUGACGUACUAGAGAAGCUGCCAGAAGGAUACAACAUGGCUGACAUUACUUCAAAAACCGCAGAACGCUCUCCAUAUAUCCUGGUUUGCUUUCAAGAAUGUGAGAGAAUGAAUAUACUAAUACAUGAGAUAAGACGUUCUCUUAAAGAACUGGAUCUAGGUCUCAAGGGUGAGUUGGCAAUCUCUGCUGAGAUGGAGCAACUACAGACAGCUCUCUUUUUUGAUAAUCUUCCUGACACUUGGAUGAAACUGGCUUAUCCAUCAACAUACAGCUUCAUUCAGUGGUACAACGACCUGCUCCUACGCUGCCGGGAGCUCGAUUUCUGGGCUCAAGAUCUCGCCCUCCCCAGCGUUGUCUGGAUAUCAGGCUUUUUCAACCCGCAAUCCUUCCUCACAGCUGUCAUGCAAAGCCUUGCCCAUAAAAAUGAGUGGCCUUUGGAUAAGAUGCGCAUAACAGUAGAUGUUACCAAGAAAUAUAAAGAGGAAUUUACGCAGCCAGCUAGAGAAGGGGCAUACAUUCAUGGUCUGUAUCUGGAAGGUGCUCAAUGGGAUAUUCAAGGGGGACACAUAGCCGAAGCUUAUCUGAAAGCCCCAACGCAAGCGAUGCCUGUUGUAUUUGUGAGAGCCAUCCCCAAUGACAGACAAGAGACAAGAAACAUAUAUGAAUGCCCCGUAUAUAAAACAAAACUAAGGGGCUCCACUUAUGUGUCGACCUUCCACUUGAAAACAAAGGAAAGGCCGGCAAAGUGGAUUCUCGCUGGGGUUGCUUUACUUUUGAGCGUGUGACUACAAGCUUAUCUAAUUUCGUGCACUUGCUUCCUCACCUCAAUUGAGUGUGUGUUUUUGUAGAAUACACGGCCAUACUCAUGAGUCUUUAAGAGUGUGAUAAUGUAUGCUUUACACCAGUAGUCCCAGUGGCUUUUUCAGAAAGAUAAAGAUCGCUCACAUGAAAAAGA